AUGAAGGAAGGUAUAAUGGCGACUUUAGACGCGGUUUAUGAGAACAUUCACCACAAACACGAGCCGCGGUGGUGUGUGCACGCGCGCACCGGGCCUGACGCAGGAGAGAGGGCGUGGCUCAGGGUGUGUGUGGCCUGCGUCAUCGAGCUGAUGGACAGCUGUGACGUAUCAGUUGUGCGUAAGUCGAUGGCACUGACAGGUGUAGGAGAGCUGCUAAAGACUGAAGGAGUGAUGAGGGAAAUCCUGCAGCAGGAUGACAGUGUGUGUGUGCGUUUCACCUCCUCCUUACUCAUGAUGUUACAGUCCGUUGAAGAAUCUUCUACACUGGACAAAGUCAUGCAUGUGCUGGUUCAGCUGUUGUUGGAUCUGAAGUCGGAGCAUUUAGUGCAGCACGUGAUGAAUAAACUCCAAACACAGCUGUGUGGUGUGAAGUGGUCACUGGUGUGUGUAACGUUUCUGGGUAGAUUGCUGGAUGCUGUCCCUGCAGUAGCCCACAUGCUGACCACUACAAACUUGUGUGUGUUGGAGAGUGUGUGUGUGCAGGUGGUCAGUGCAGACGAGGAGCUGAAGGCAGCGGUGUGUUACGUGUUCCGGGGUGUGUGGGAGUCGGAGGUCGCACGUCAGUCUGUGCCUCACACACUCAGGGAAAGAGUGUGUGUGUUACUGCUAAACACAAUGACAUACGCCUGCUCGCACCAACUCAUCCUCAACUGUCUUGGGCUGCUGUUCCUGAUGCUGCGGUCAGUAGAGACAGUGUGUUAUCUGAUGAGUGAGAGAGCAGAGCCGCCCCCCCCAGAGCUGCAGCACUCUUCACUCCCUCUCAUAUUAAAGCAGUUGUUGUUGAGUGGUGAUGAGUCUCUGCAGGUGGCCAGUGUUCAGUGUGUGUGUGCUGUCCUCAAUCACUCCACUCAGUACUGCAUGUCCUUCAUCAACAAUGACAUACCAGAGUUCCUGUUUGAGCGUUUGAGCAGCAGUAGUGAUGUACUCCUGUGGUGUGUGUACAGCUGUGUGUUGCUCCUGUGUGAAGACACACUGUUUUUCUCGCAGUGCCACUCUGUUUAUGGUAUUGAGUCUGUAGUGCGCAGUCUGAAGAACUCACUGAAGCUGUCUAACCUGGAGGUCCCACAACAGGGACUACAGCUGCUCACAGCUAUACUGGAGAAGCAGCCAGCCAGUGUACACCUAUUCCCAGUUGGUCCAGCAUUUGUGAAUGUGUCUGAAGUGGUGAUAGGGGGCCUGACCUCACCCUGUCUCCGAGUAGCAACACAUGCAGCGCGAGCAGCGACUGCUCUGAUGAAGAGGCAUCACCAGUCCACUCCAGUGCACUAUGGAGAGUUAAAAAAGAUUAUGGAGGCUUUGUCAGACAGAUUCACAGAGUUACCCUCACGGACCAUCUCACAGCGUAGAAGGUGUUUUGCAGAUUCCGAGUCCAGUUCUCAGUCCACCAAAGCUGGAGCGUUUUUCAUGCAGGCACUGGUAUGCUUUUAUGAGACCUGUAGGCUGGUGGAGGAGUGUGUGUGUGAGGCCAGUGUGAAGGACAGUCCUUUAACAGCAGCAGACCAGAAGAGUGAGGACACACUGGAGUCAGUGUGUGUGUGUUUGCUGAAAUGCUGUGAUACAGUCUACAUUCCUACAGUUACUAGAGUGUGUGAGCGCACCCCCAGUCCUCAGGUUCUGCAGCUCUUCCUCUCUGUUCUCUCACUGCAGUUCUCUCUCUCGCCCUCACUCAUGCCUGCCUUUGCCAACAAGCUUGCCUCAUCAGGGUUCAUAAGGCUGACUGUAGAAAACAAGGCUCUUCUGUGUUCAGGAAGCAGACACACCUCUUUAAAUGUGGCUUGUUGUGGAUUUCUCCUAAAGCUGUGUGUGUGCCUGCUGUCUCAGCCUGAUCCAGAGACCCACAGCCAGCACUCAGGUGUUGAGGAGGUGGAGCAUGUACUGCGUGAGUGUUUUCCCUCUCUGUACUAUCAUGUGUGUGAUUGGCCCUCAGUACUGGGUGAGGGGCCGGUUGCUCAUCAGAACACACAGUACUGCCUACUGCACCUGCUUUAUCUCUCACUGGUCAAUGGUGACAGGUUGCUUCCUGAUGCUACAGUGUUCUCCAGUGUAGUACAGUUUAAUAAUGCAGUAGUAGAACAGUGCAGGACUCUUCCUCCAUCAGUACUGCACUCAGUCCUCUAUCUGUUAUCACACACACAGAAGAGCAGCUCUGAUCUAGACUGGCCUGAUCUGAAGAACAUCAGUAAGGUCCUGUCGUCCACACGUCCUUCCUCUUCUCCCCUGUCCGUCCCUCGUCCUUCACUACUGCACUUCAUCUUCCACUACCCUGAGCUGGCUGAGCAGUUUGGGACAGCGGUGCUGACCAGGUGGCUGAAAAGAGGGAAAGAUCUGGACCCUGAACAGACAGUACUGAUGGAGCUGCUGCAGAAGAACCCUUCUGUUCUACUAAAAAUGCUGGGUGUGGUGUUUGAGGAGGAGGAGGAGGGGGAGGUAUCUGAGUGUGUGGUCAGUGUGAUGAAGAGAUUUUUGAUGGAUCAGCAGAAUUAUAGCUCUGUUUCUCAAUCACUGCUCAAACCAUCACUGCUACAGCUACUGCAGAAACUCAACUGUGAUAGUAACACUGUAGUCCAUGGUGUAUCUCUGAUGUUGGAGGUACUGUGUGUGGUACAGUCUAACUCUACAGUUCACAGUGAUAUGGACCACACUGACUUGAAACUGCUGUAUUACAUCAGUAAUCUUAUAGGAAAGAUGAAGGUCAGAAACACAGAAUAUCUGCUGCCAGCUUUAAACUACCUUUACUGCUGUCUGGUUCUGUCCCCUACACACACUGCUGACCGAGCUGUAUCCAUGUUGCUCUGUAACACUGGUCUAAUGGAGUUACUACAGACUCUGCUGGAUCACUCUCAAUCUUCAUCUUCAUCACCUUCAUCACCAGUCAUCUGCUGCUCUCUCCUCCUGCUCAGCUCCCUCAUUACUCUACAGCACACACACUCUGCACAGGUCCAUAAGAGUGUGUGUUUAGAGUUAGAGAGUGUUUUGAGAACCCUCAUGUUCUGGAAGAGACAUACUGACAGCCUUCUGCUGGUGUGUACAGUGCGUCUGCUCCAGGCUGUAUUGGACAUGGACCUGUGCUCUCCUGUAGUGCGUGUGUCAGUGUGUGUGGAGCUUCAUCCACUCAGCUACAGAGGAGCAAUCAGCUUCAUCACAGCACUGCAAAGUCUAUUACUGCAGACGCAGGAGCUCCUCCUCAGCGUGUCUGUGAACUGUCUGGACUCACUCGUAUGUUUUCUGAACAGAGGGAGGCCAGCUAUAGUUCAGCACGUGGUGCAUCAGCCCUGGAAUCGUUUCUUGCUCUACUCUCUGCUUAACUCAGGCGAACAUCUCACUCUACACCCAGCAACACUCCGCUUACUGACUCUGCUGGUUCACUGGUCAGGGGAUGGAGUGCAGUGGGAGUCUGAAAUUGUGUGUGUGUGUAAAACUGCUGAGAGCAGAGGAGUGAUGGAGUUAAAAGGGAACACCGUACACACUCUUAAAUGUCUUCUGAUUGAGUGCAGUGCGUGUUCUCUGAGUGAUGAUGUGAAACUGAGAGUGGAGAGCCUGUUAGAGUCCAUCGACCAUCUGCGAUCCUCAGAAAGUAACACCGGGUGUUUACUUCGAGUGGGACGUUUAUCCAUCUGCCUUACUGACUUCACUGUGAAUCAUUAGCUUUGUCACACACACACACACACACGUGACUGAAACACAGACACUCAUGUUCAUAAAGUAAGGAAAGUGUUUACUGGUGUUCAUUUUCAUUGAUGCUUGUUCUUUAUAUUUAUAUAGUUAGUUAUUGUGGUUCUGUUCACACAGUAACUUGUCACACACCUCUCUCUCUCUCACACACACACACACACACACACCUCUCUCUCUCACACACACACACACACACACACC